CGUGCUGGUCAGGUCACGUGUUCGCCGCCGGCCGGCCAAGAUGGCGGCGUCCUGCGUGGCGCUGCUGGCUUUGGCGCUGCUGCUGCCGCUGCUGUUGCUGGGCGCGUGGAAGCGUGGGCGGCUGGCGGGCGCGGCCCCGCACGUGGUUGUCGUGGUGCUGGGCGACGUGGGCCGCAGCCCCCGCAUGCAGUACCACGCGCUGUCAUUGGCCCAGAACGGCUUCUCGGUGACACUGCUGGGGUUCUACAACUCCAAACCUCGAGAUGAGCUCUUGCAGAGUGACAGGAUUCAGAUUGUGAAGCUGACAGAGCUGCAGAGUCUGGGAGCUGGACCCCGAGUUCUCCAGUAUGGAGUCAAAGUGGUAUUUCAGGGAGUGUACUUGCUAUGGAAGUUGAUGUGCACAGACCCUGCAGCUUACAUCUUCCUCCAGAACCCCCCGGGCCUGCCUGCCAUUGCCGUCUGCUGGUUGGUGGGCUUCAUCUGUGGGAGCAGACUGGUCAUCGACUGGCACAACUAUGGCUAUUCCAUCAUGGGCUUGGUGCAUGGUCCCCGACACCCCAUUGUGCUGCUGGCCAAAUGGUACGAGAAGUUCUUUGGGCGCCUGUCCUACCUGAACCUGUGUGUGACCAAUGCGAUGCGGGAGGACCUGGCAGAGAACUGGCGUAUCAGGGCUGUGACUGUCUACGACAAGCCAGCAUCUUUCUUUAAGGAGACGCCCCUGGACCUGCAGCAUGAGCUCUUCAUGAAGCUGAGCCACACGUACUCUCCUUUCCAGAGCUGCUCAGAGCCCUCGGACCCCGGCAUGGAGAGGUCUGCCUUCACUGAGAGGGACUGUCAGAGCGGGGUGGUGAGGAGUCUGCAUGGGCGGCCGGCACUGCUUGUGAGCAGCACUAGCUGGACAGAGGACGAGGACUUCUCCAUCCUGCUGAGAGCACUAGAAAAGUUUGAACAACUAGCAGUGAGUGGAGACAGCCUUCCUUCCCUAGUCUGUGUGAUAACAGGGAAGGGGCCUCUCAGGGAGCACUACCGCCACCUCAUCGGGCAGAAGCACCUCCAGCGUGUCCAGUUCUGCACCCCAUGGCUGGAGGCUGAGGACUAUCCGCUGCUUCUGGGGUCAGCGGACCUGGGUGUCUGUCUACACAUGUCUUCAAGUGGUCUGGACCUGCCCAUGAAGGUGGUGGACAUGUUUGGGUGCUGCUUGCCUGUGUGUGCCGUGAACUUCAAGUGUUUGCAUGAGCUCGUAAGACACGGAGAGAAUGGCCUGGUCUUCAAGGACGCGGAGGAGCUGGCAGCCCAGCUGCAGAUGCUUUUCUCAAAGUUUCCUGACCCUGCUGGAAAGCUAAACCAGUUCCGGAAAGAACUCCGGGAGUCACAGCAACUGCGGUGGGAUGAGAGCUGGCAGCGGACUGUGCUCCCUUUGGUCACUCACAGCGACCUCCAGGCCAGAGGCUAGGGCUCUGUCCUCAGGGUGUGGAAUGAGGCCCCGCUCCAGGCUCCAUCCCUCCUGUACCGCCAGCCCUUCCCAGCCAGCCCUUCCCAGCCAGCCCUUCCCAGCCAGCACCUGCUCCACUUUGUCCCUGGUGGGCUUUUGAGUGCCCCCUAGUGGUCAGAAGCCUAAGGACGGCAGAGGACGCAGAAGGGAAAUGGAUGAUCUGGCAGCUGCUUCAUUCGCUGGCUCUUGAGAAGCUCUUCUCUCUGGUGACCCUGUCAACCUCUCAGUCCCUGGAUUUUGUGUCCAGACUCUCACAUUCCUGUGUUCUGGUUCUGCUGGGCUGCCAUGAGCUCUGGGAUAUCGUGUGUUCAAGGCCUGAGCUGUCUGGCAGGACAAUCAUACUUGAUAAAUUCAUGUUUUUAUUAGUGCAAAGGAAAUGCUUGCUCUGAGCCUGUGUCCAUUGCAGAUGAGUUGCUGAGGACAGGCACCAGCACUCAAAGCCUGUGCUUACUGUACAUCUGUGGUUUGUUAUUUAACAUUCCUGCCCAACAAAAGCCUUUUCAGCUUUCCUGUGGACUCUUCCCAUGACAGCGAUCUCAUUGUUCCAAUCACCUUCCAACACUGUGGCGACCAUUCAGCACGAGCUUCAGGAUUACGAUGGCCGAGUGCUCUUCAUAAGGGAACAGUUGGCCGGCAUGAGGAGGCACCUCUUCCCAGUAGAUCCCUGCGCGCUCUAGACGGAGUACAGAGAUCUCAGGAGGGCAGUGUUGGGGACAGGAAGCUAAUCUUUUAGUGCAGGGCUGUUGACACAGGCGUGUAUCCGAGCUGAUCUGCUUGGGCCACAGGUUUCCAGGCCCAUGCAGAUGCCCUGAGGGUCUGUGUGUGUGGGCAUGCUCAGUCUAAAGGAGGAUGGCAAGGAAUCUGCUCUAUCAUUUCCCACCUUAUUCCCUCAAGCCCCAGCAAAUCUGUCUCUGCUCCCAACAGUGCUAGAGUGACAGGUGUUGUGGCCACAACCCAACUUUUUUUUUUUUCCAAGACAGGUAUUCUCUGUGUAGCCCUGGCUGUUCUGGAACUCACUCUAUAGACCAGAAUGGCCUCAAACUUACAGAGAUCCAUCUGCCUCCCAAGUGCUGGGAUUAAAGGUGUGCAACACUA